AUUUUGGCCAAUUUAACCAAUUUUAUUCAACCCGUGAUUUAAAAUUACUCCUCCUCAAAAUAAAGAUUUAUCAUUUAACAGUAAACUCCCAAUGAUCAAUUGAUCAUUUGAUUAAAACGCGUUUAUUGGUAAACCUUAUUUCUUAGCAGACGAUAUCCAUUACUCAACAACAAACAUCAUAUGUUUACAAGUAUAUCUUUUGCAUGUGAAAAGUAACUCAUUUUAUAACUUAAAUCGGAUUUGCCAUGUUUUUGAUUAAAUACAUUCCAACAAAGAUGAAUAUUAAAAUUUACCAUGACCAGUCGCAUCAGCCUAUUUCCAACUCACCAUCUACAGCUGAGACUAGAAACUUUUACUCAGAAAUGCGACCAUCAUCUCGAUUUUAUAAUUUUUCGCCAAAAUCUCGAACUUUAAACAUCCCCAAUGAAUCCAGAUACCAUGAACUGGUUGAGAAAUAUGCUCCUAAAGAGGAAGACGAUGGAAUAGAUUCUUUCUUCGACAAGGAACCCUUAAUUGGCUCCAAAGGUUCCUGGUCCUCGGAUAGACCAUCAUUUGAUGAUAUGCCAGAUUUUCCUGAGCCAAACUUUCAUGAAUCAGAGACUCCAUCAUCAACACCUGAACCACCUCAUCAUACAGCCCCAAGAAGUUCACGAUCUCAUUCCUCUCCACCAUCAAACUCUCCCCGCCAGGGCCGUUAUCAUGACGAUGAUCCUCCUCAUCCUCGUCCUCACUCUCACCCCGACUCUCACUCUCAUCAUCGUUCUCACCCUCACUCUCAUACUCACCCUCAUCGUCAAUCUCAUCGCUCUCGCUCUCACUCUCACCCAAACUCCUAUUCAAAUCCACAAUCUAGCUCUCGAUCACAAAACCAUCCUCCUCCCUACUCUCAUCCGCCAGUACCUAGCCGACCGCCACCUACUCAUUAUCGAUCUGCCGAACACUCAGAUGAUUCAAGAGGCAAGGUUUACGAUGAUUUACGCGGAUAUGAGCAAGGAUUAGGAAGUAAUCAUCAUUUGUCAAGCUUUGAAUCUCCAUCUCCUUACUUUACUCCAGGUUCAGAUGCCGAUGAUGGUAACCAUAGGACCAUUGGAUCUGCUUCAGGACCCAUUCAAUUCAACAGUAAUAUUCAUCAUGGUUCUGGUUCUGGUGAGUUGUCCUUUUCUAAAGAUAAUGUACUCUUAAGUUCAUCAGGGCCAGCAGGUUUUGAGUACAUUAAUCGAAUCGCUUCAAGUCCACAAGAUGAGAUGAACUCAUUUUCCUUUAAUUCAGGAUCACUUGAACCAGUAUUGUUUAGUGCUAAUCAUGAACAAGAUCAAUAUAAUGGCCUAGCUGGUAGUCAAGAUGGAUUUGCAGCUUAUAUUGCUGGGUUACCUUUAGCUCCUUAAUUUAUUAAUAUUCAGUCUUUUUUCACAAUAUCAUAUCUUGAUCACUCAUCACUCUAUUUUGUUGCAUGUGCUACUUUUCGAUACUAUUUUUCGCUCAGUCAAUCAAAUUCUAAAUACUCAUCAAUAUAUUGGCUAAAUUGUUUUAGUUAAGCUUCUCACAAUGAGAACAGAUUGUUGCAGCAAUGGCCAUAACUUGAUUCAAUGUGCAUAAAAAAUGUACUCCAAUCAUAUGUUAAUCGAUGUUGGUCUGCAAACUGUGUCAUUUUAAGUUUUUAUUUGUUAUGAGAAGUGAAUGUUAAAUGUUCAAAUGUUUUAUUUAAUCGUAAAUAUAAAGAUAACUAACAAUUUAUUAUUGUCUGAACUCUUUGUCUCCUAUCAUUAUCUACUAUCGCUAUUGAAGUAUAAAUAACAUCUUAUUAUACAAAACAACAAAUGCAAAAGAUAAUGAAUGAAAUCAUUGAAAUAAAAUAAGUAUUGCAAGAUGUUACACCUUUAAUGAUGGGUGUUUUAGUUUUUUUUGGUUCAUAAUUACCGAACCGAUUCAUGGCCUUGGUUCAUUUCUUAAAUACAAAAAAGAGUUGAAUCAUUAAAUGGAAUCCAUUCCUAAGUUAAUUACUUUAGUUUACUCAUGAGGCAUAAAA